GUCUUACCUCGUUAUCACCGUGAAGCACGCAACACAAUAGUAAUCAAAAUUUAUCGUUAAGUAAUUCUCAUCGCGGUUUUCUUCUUCGAUCAGCUCCACUACGUUUCCCUUGAUCCGUUCACCAUCGACCAUCAUCCACACGACUCGUACCCGUCGUGCAACAUCUCAUGAACAGAUUGAUAGUCUUAUGAUUGCAUAACUUCGACAGCGUCCUGGUCGACGAUAACGAUAAUAAUAAUGACUACACCGUCGGUAAUAACAUCGGUCGGUGUUUCGCAGCGAAACGAUUCUCUUUUGCCGGUUGACCGACCAACUCGGUAAUGUUUCAAUUAAGGCCGUCGCCGUUACCGCCGCCCAUCGCCGUUGUCGUCAGACAACAAAACAAAUCGUACAGUAUUACAUUACAUACAUGUCCAAUGAUUAUUAAACCAAAAUGAGAUUAAAUGUAAGAACAUUUUUUUUGGUUUUUUCAACUUUAAUUUUAGUAUGUAUGGUGACAUUUUGGUCAAAUUGCUCAAAUUCAAAUUUCAGUACAUUAUCGAACAAUGAAAAACCAAACUUCGAAGCUUUACUUCAAAAUGUUCAAGAUGUUAUACCAAUAGAUUGUUUUAUUAAUGGAAAUAACAAUAAAGUGGAUUGCCUUUUAAAAAAUAGCAUAGUUUAUAUUCCUUUUUCAUUUUUAAAAAAUUAUUUUGAGAUUUAUGGGAAAAUUAUUGAAAUUGACAAUAAAAAAUCAUUUCAUUGGUCACAUAGCUAUUCUAAAAUUUAUCAUCAAAAUGGAAAGUAUAAUUCAAAAGGUGUAUUUACAAACUUUCAAAAUUACAAAGUAGAAGAAAGAGAUCGUGUGAAGUGUGUUAGUGCAUCUGAAGGAGUCCCAGUUUCAAAUCAAUGGAAUCCACAUGGUUAUUAUUACCCUACACAAAUAGCCCAGUUUGGGUUAUCUCAUUAUAGUAAAUAUCUUACUUUACCAUCACCAAAAGUAAGAGUCUUAGAAAGCGGUCAGUUAAAUCCUCAUUGGAAAGUUACUGAUGCAUCAAAGAUUCAAAUUGUAUUCAACACUCAAGUCAAUAGCAAUGUUAUAGAUUUUUUUAGUUCAGAUGGAGGAAUCUCAUUAAAAAUUGAUAACAAAGAAGAUUUCUUUAUUAGUUUUGAUAUAGCUUUAUCUUUAUCAAAAAGUAGUAGUGUUGUUAUUAUUUUAAAAGAAAUAAAGGACCCAGAAGAAAUAUGGAAACUCCAUUACACAUGUUCACGGUCACUUAUAACUGCAAAAGGUCAUAAUAUAUAUCAUGGAAUGCACUGCAAUGAUAAUUUUAAAUGGAAAAAAUUAGCAAGAAAUUUAUUAAUUGAUUUACAAAAAGGCUUACAUGUAUUAAAAAAAACAACAACAAAGAUGUUUCGAUCAAAAUAUAAGUUAUGUGAUUUUAAAUUAUAUGGAGUGGGAUACCUAGACAACUUAACACUCAGUUCAAGUGAUCACAUUAGUCAAUUUUAUUCCGCAGUGCAUUGGUUCAUUAAGCAUCAAGAUAAAGAAUCAGGAGGCUGGCGUAAUCCUGUUACCCGUAAAAUAUCUCCUGUUAUUAAACCAUUAAAGCCAGGAUGGUUAUCAGCCAUGGGCCAAGGACAAGCAAUCUCAUUGCUUUCAAGAGCAUUUUUCCAUUCCGGAGGAAAUGAAUUAUAUUUAAAAACAGCACAUGCUGCUUUAAAACCAUUUAAGAUCCUCAGUAAAAAUGGUGGUGUCUUAUCUGAAUUUAUGAACCUUUAUCCAUGGUAUGAAGAAUAUCCAACAGUUCCACCAAUUUUUAUUUUAAAUGGUUUUAUGUAUUCUUUAAUUGGAUUAUAUGAUUUGUUUUCAUUAGCUCCAAACAAUUCACAGGUUUCGCAAGAAGCUUAUUUGCUAUGGAAACAAGGCAUGACAUCUUUGAAAAAGAUGUUACCAUUAUAUGAUAUGGGUUCAAGAUCAGCAUAUGAUCUUAGACACGUAACACUUGACAUAGCUCCAAAUAUUGCUCGGUGGGAUUACCACGCUACACAUAUUAAUCAGCUUUUGUUGUUGGAAACUCUGGACAAUGCAACAGUUAUACAUACUACAGCUAAAAGGUGGAUAAGUUAUAUGAAUGGAACUCGUGCCUCCCACAAUUAAAAUAUUUAUAAAUAAAAAUAUUACAUUUUGAUUUAGUAAAUUAUUGUUAAGAAAAAUAAUGAGGAAAA